GAUCUCUCGGCCCGGACAAGAUGGCGGCGCCCAGGCGGCUGCGUGUUUAGCGAGCUCGGCUAUUCCCUGAAGCGGCCGCCUCCGACGCCAGCAUGUCGCGGCUGAUUGUGAAGAACCUGCCCAACGGGAUCAAGGAAGAACGUUUUCGGCACCUCUUUGCUGCCUUUGGGACGCUGACCGAUUGCUGCUUGAAAUUCACCAAGGAUGGCAAAUUCCGCAAAUUUGGGUUCAUUGGCUUCCAGUCGGAAGAAGACGCCAAAACAGCCCAGUCUCAUUUCAACAAAAGCUUCAUAGACACAUCCAGAGUCACGGUUGAAGUAUGCAAGUCUUUUGGGGAUCCGUCAAAGCCUAAAGCUUGGAGCAAACAUUCAAGUAAGCCCCAACUUUUAAAGGAAACCUCUAAAAAGCCCACAAAGAAUUCAGACAAUGGAGAAAAGAAACAAGCGAAGCCGGAAAGCUCUCCGAGCAAGGCAGCAACCCAGAGACAGCUCUCCGACAUGGAUUAUUUGCGAUCCAAAGUGGUGAAGGGCGACGGAUCCUCGCCUUCGUCGGCGGAGGAGGAGAGCGAGGCCGAGGAGACGGACAGCGAGGCGUCUGAUGGAGGAGGAGGAGAAGAAGAGGAGGUGGAAGAGAAGACCAACCUCAAGCCAAGUGCUGCUUCUAACACCAAGACCAAGCUGACCGGAAAGUUCAGUGUCCAGAAUCUCACCGAGGACACCAAGGGUACCAAAAUGACAUCACAGGUGCGUCCCGAAGGAUCAAACAGUUUUGAGGGUCUGUGA